AGCAACAACAACAACACAUUCAGAAAAAAAAAAAAAUACAAAACAACAACAACAACAAAACAGUUAAUUAUAAUUUGUUUUGAUUAGGAUUCUGUAAUCUUUCAUAACUUGUACACAUUUGACAUCUCGCUUAUCCAAGAAUCUGAAAGUAGAAGUCUGAUGUCUGUCAACUAUGCAGAAGGUCUGUCUCCCUAUGAGCACAAGGGUAAAUGUGGACUGCCAGAGAAAUUUGAUACAGAUGAAGUUGUAAAGCAGAAAGUUGCCCAACUGGCACAGUGGGUAGCUGACAGUAAACACAUGGUUGUUCAUACUGGAGCCGGUAUAAGUACAUCAGCGGGCAUACCUGACUUUAGAGGACCAAAUGGAGUUUGGACACUGGAGCAAAGAGGGGAAAAACCAACAUUUAAUGUGACAUUUGAAGGUGCAAUACCUACAUUAACACACAGGGCAAUAUUGGCUCUUGAAGCUGCAGGUAUUGUUAAGUAUGUGAUCAGUCAGAAUGUGGAUGGCCUUCACCUUCGCUCAGGUUACCCCAGGAACCGCCUCUCAGAACUCCAUGGUAACAUGUUUGUGGAGGAGUGUGACAAAUGCGGUACACAGUACAUCAAUAGAAAUGUGGUACCCACCAUGGGAGUAAAACUAACUGGCAAUAACUGUACACAGCAAAAGUCUAGAGGAAAGUGCAGGGGAAAGUUAUACGACACAAUACUGGAUUGGGAGCAUGCGUUACCUGACAAGGAUCUGGAAUUAGCAGAUAAACAUGCAAGAUUGGCAGACCUCAGUCUAUGUUUAGGAACGUCUUUACAGAUAGUUCCCAGUGGUAAUCUGCCCUUGGCAACCAAACGUAAUGGAGGGCACAUUAUUAUUGUCAAUCUACAACCCACAAAACAUGACAGAAAAGCUAAUUUGAAAAUCAACACUUACGUUGAUAUGGUUAUGAAACUGUUGUGUGAAAAUUUGAACAUUAGAAUUCCAGAUUUUCUGGAGCCUAUGGUGCUGCUAAAAUCUGUACAUACAAAUGUAGAUGAUGCACAAAUGAAUGUGGUAGUAGCAGACGACUCUUUGGUGUGCCGAAAAUCUCUACUAGCCAAGGAUGUUAGAAUUCAGUCUGAUACCAAAAUAAAACAUGAAAAUAAUGUGUUAAAUGAUGAACAGAAGCCUAAAAGUGAAUAUGCUUGCAUGCAAAAGGGUGUUAUAAAGAAAUUAAAAACCGAGUCUGGUUUUAUGGCAGUGAAACAAGAAAUUCAUAGUAAUGCUAAUGCAAGUAUUAAAGAAGACUUUGAAGGUGAGGUUGAUGACAAAAAUGGAAUAACUGUAACAAUGAUCAAAGAUGAGAAAUUCUCACCAGUGAAAUUACCUUGGAAUGCAAGUGACAAAGAAAAGAAUGAUAACACAGACUUAGAAACAGAUGCUCACAAUGUAAGUGGCAAAGAAAAGAAUGAUAACACAGACUUAGAAACAGAUGCUCACAAUGUAAGUGGCAAAGAAAAGGAUGAUAACACAGAAACAGAUGCUCACAAUGCAAGUGACAACACAGACUUCGAAACAGAUGCUCACAAUGCAAGUGACAAAGAAAAGGAUGAUAACACAGACUUAGAAACAGAUGCUCACAGUAAAUCCAGUGAAAACAGCUGAAGAAGACAGAAAAUCAAACAGUGACUAUGCAAAUAGCAGAACAGUGAAAAAACAAAGUUUGGAUGCUUCGAGGGAGCACGAUAACACUAGGGACCAGGAUACUAUUCAUGGGGGACUUGUUUUCAUGGAUUUCUUAGUUGCAUCAGUACAGGAAAUUUAAACCCAAGGAACAAACAAAAUUUACCAAUAAUUGUAUCUUUGAAAUUUGAUACCAUGAACUCUUUUCCUGAGAAGGAGUCAUUAGCUCGACUAUACGAAAUAUAUGGAGAGCUAUCCAACUCACCCCGGUGUCGGUGUCUUUCCGCGUCCCCACCUUGGUUAAAGUUUUUUUACACUUUCUCUUUUUUCUCCUUAUCUCUGUAAUUACUUGAUGGAUUUGCUUUAAACUUAAAAUAGUUAUUCCACAUCCAGGGCUCUAGCUAGGCUUGGAUUUUAGGGAGAAGUCACUUCUCCCUCGGCUUAAAUUAGGGAGAAGUGGGGAGACUUAGGGAGAAGUGGAGCUACCAGUCAUAAUACAUGAGCAGUGGCGGCCACAUACAACCAUAAAAGGAAAAUGUCUAUAGAUUAAUGGAUGCAACUUAAAAAGGUCUGAUUGUCUUAGAAGUGUAAAUGGAAAACAAAUAAAAAAACACAUGCUUUUAUUACAUAUAAAACAUUCUUCAAAAAAUGAUCAAUGUCAAAAUCACAUCUUAAUGUACAUGUAUAUGAGGACUUGUAAAACAUAUAUCAAUACAACUGCCUUGGUAGCCUAGUGGUAGAGCGCCCGCUUCAAGUGCGGGAGGUCGUGGGUUCGAUCCCUGGCCGUGUCAUACCAAAGAGGUGAAAAAUGGUACUAGUAGCUUCCUCGCUUGGCGCUCAGCCUUAAGAGGAUAGUGCUAGGACUGGUCAGCUCGGUGUCAGUAUAAUGUGACUGGGUGGGGUAUCAUGCCACGUGUCUACGGCAUGAUAUUCCAGUGAGGCAGCACUAUAAAGUUGGGCAUUGUGCUCACUGCUACAAGUAGACACCGUCGUUUAUAUGACUGAAAAAUUGUUGAAAAAGACGUUAAACCCGAACACACACACACACAACAUGCACAGAUUCAUUUAACAGCAGAAAAUAAUUUUAUGAUAUAGACUAUUAGUAUAUAGCAUUUCUCAGAUUUAUGCUUAUGACAUACAAACAGUAAGUAGCAUUUAAUAAAUCUCUGAUUUACAAGCUCCUGACAUAUAAACAAUACAUAUGUAAUGCCGUAAAUUUGUGAUUGACGUUAUAGGUAUAAUGGCACUAAAGCAUCAAUGGCAUUACUUAUUAUGUCCAAAUAAUAAAACACAGUUCCAGCUUAUCUUCUUUAUUUUUCUUCAGUGGAAAACCACACAGUCAACAAAUAACAAUUUUCACACGGUUAUCCGUAGAAUAUAACAAUUAGAAAAAAGAUUUAAGUAUUAACAAUUCUAGCGUUCUAGUGGAAAACCACAAUGUUUCUACUUGGAAAUCCAAAUCUAUCCUUUCAAACUUGCUGUCUUCAAAAUAUAUGUUUUCUCAGCAUAUCAUAACUGACCAAUUGAAAUGAUCCUUAGUGUAAGUGCAAUUAACAGUAUAAACCAAUCGAAUUCAAGAAAGCAUACAUGGUAAUAAAAUUACAAGUAUUUGAAAUAUUAAGAAGUUUUGACAGCAAUCAACACCUUAUCAGUCAGGAAGUCUUAACAUUUAAAUUAUCCAGACGUCACAAUGACCUUAUCAUAAACACAUUUAGAAACCUUUUAGCACAUUCUGGACUGUUAAAGAUUAAAGUGCAUAAAUGUGUCAAAGUUGAGACAACAAUAAAGUUUUGACAAGUGUCAUGAAAACAUAAAAAGAAUUUUCAUUAUUUAAAAUUUUAGCAGCAUAAACUAAUUGAAUAAUUUAUCCUUAUUGUAGUUUCUAUGUUAAAAGAUAUACAUUUUUGUGCUAUCUGAUUUUUUACCGAUUUUUCUGAUUUUUCACUGCACAACACUAUCUCCCCCUUAAAAAUAUUUCACUCCUGUGAAAUGAAAAAAGUCAAAGUACAACACGCAAGUAAUAAAUAUACAUCAACCAAAAAAACACAGUUCGUAUAAAUACCAGAUUAUACUUUUAGUAUAUAAGUAUCAACAAAGACGAAUAUCUCUGCAUAAAUGUGGCAUCAGAAAUUCAUAAAUACGCACUGCACAAAGAAUUCAUUCAUUAUUUUACAUAAAAUUUUACCGAAUUAAUUGAAUUUUAUUUUUUUACAACACAACACUACCUCCCUUUUUAAAAUAAUGUCACUCUUGUCUUGUAAGAUGGGAAAUUCAAAAUGCAAUAUAAUGAAUAAAUAAUAACUAAACUGCUCUAGCCACGUAAGAUGCACCGUAAGUUCUUAUAUAAAUACCAAAUUAUACUUAAUGUAUAUAAGUAUCAAAGACAAACAAACAUGCAUACAAGUAGCCGGACAAUCUGCUAAAACGUAACAGUUAUAUUGCACAAAGAAUUUACGUUUACUUGUGUCUUUCAAAUAAGUCCUGUUUAUUUCUUGUAUUUGUACUGCCUUCCAUUUGUUCCUUGAGUUCAUGAAUUCUGAUAUGCAGCUUCUGAUUUUCCUCUUUUUCGACUUGAAGGGCCGACUUUGUUGCUGCCAUAGAAAUAACCAUUUGCUGCAUAACCGUCUGACCUUGCCGUAAAUUAUGAUGUAUGUUGUAGGUACUAAGGCACUACUAAUUAUGUCCAAAUAAUAAAACACAGUUCCAGAUUAUCUUCUUUAUUUUUCUUCUGUGGAAAACCACACAUCAACAGUCAACAAUUAACAGUUUUCACACAGUUAUCCGUAGAAUAUAACAAUUAGAAAAAAGAUUUAAGUAUUAACAAUUCUAGUGUUCUAGUGGAAAACCACGAUGUUUCUACUUGGAAAUCCAAAUCUAUUCUCCCAAACUUGCUGUCUUCAAAAUAUAUUUUUUCUCAGCAUAUCAUAACUGACCAAUUGAAAUGAUCCUUAGUGUAAGUGCAAUUAACAGUAUAAACCAAUCGAAUUCAAGAAAGCAUACAUGGUAAUAAAAUUACAAGUAUUUGAAAUAUUGAGAAGUUUUGACAGCAAUCAACACCUUAUCAGUCAGGAAGUCUUAACAUUUAAAUUAUCCAGACGUCACAAUGACCUUAUCAUAAACACAUUUAGAAACCUUUUAGCACAUUCUGGACUGUUAAAGAUUAAAGUGCAUAAAUGUGUCAAAGUUGAGACAACAAUAAAGUUUUGACAAGUGUCAUGAAAACAUAAAAAGAAUUUUCAUUAUUUAAAAUUUUAGCAACAUAAACUAAUUGAAUAAUUUAUCCUUAUUGUAGUUUCUAUGUUAAAAGAUAUACAUUUUUGUGCUAUCUGAUUUUUUACCGAUUUUUCUGAUUUUUCACUGCACAACACAUAUCAUUUAAUCUCUAGUGACAUAUAAACAAUACAUAUCAUUUAAUCUCUAAUGAAGUGUCAUCAUGUGCACAGAGUUCCUCAAUGUUUUUGUUAGGCAGAAUACAACUUUCUCACUUUAGCAGGUUUCCAUUUCUUAAGGGCACGUUUGAAGUCAAAUUUUUCUAAUUCUGGACCAUCUUCAGAUAUGCACACUAAAUCGUCUAAUGUCUUACUUUUCAUUGAUGUUCUGGCCUUAGACUGAAUUCUGUUCUGGGUGCUAAAGCCCCGUUCACAUUGGACACUGGUCAUUGCACAACAUUUCAACAACAGAAUCAUGUUUGGGAGGUCAUUAGUUUUUAUUAAAGAGCACAAUAACAACACUAGAGUCACUAUGACUUCCUUUCACUAGGCGUUUGUAAGUCUGAAACUCCGACCAAAUUUCAUCUUUGUUAAGUAAGUGCGACUCUCCAUUUUUUGAUAACUGAUCAGCACUGACAAUAUUUUUUGGGAUGAGCACUUUCAUGGAUUCCAGAAUUUCAGUUUCUUGAAACCUGUCAUUCAGAUUAUCAGUAAGUUUUUCAACAUAUGCUAGUGUGAUUGUAUUGAGAAUGUUCUCCUGUUGUGUGUAGAAAUUAAGCACUGGUGAAAAGCCAACAUUUUCCUCACUGAUAAUCAUCCUCAUCAUCACUUUCAUCAGAGAAACCUUCAGAUUCUAUAUUUUCCUUUAUGCCACUACUAACAGACUUGCAAUCAGAUUCUGUUAAUGGCCUUUUAUGCACAUGUUUUGCCAUCUUCCUCAACCACAAACUUUGAGAGUUUUUCCACAAACAGUCCAUCUGCCUCAAGUAAGCCCUGUAGACUUUCACAAGUGCUCGUUACCAUAGGUUUUACACUACUAAAGUCCAGUGUCUGUGCUUGAAAUUUCUUCGACAGCCGAGUCAUGAAUGGGAGAAUGCCAUCAUCAGGUGAGUGAUUGCUAUGAAUUUGUAUUGUGAUACUUCAUGUAGUAGUCCUUUAGCAGCAGGCUCAUAGGUUGCGUCCCUUUCUAGCGCCAUACACAGUGCCGGAUAAGUACGGUACAAGACCAGAACAGCAUGAUCCAAACUUAACCAUCUCACUGAAUGUACCUCAGCAAACUUUAUUUGUGGAAUGUUCAGUAAAUUUUGUAUAACUCGUAAACAGUUGGAACGGAGCGCAGAGUUGUGAAAGUAUCUAGAUACACUUGCAACUGAUCUUGAGUAACUUUCCAUAUGUGGAACAAAUUUGGCUGCCUGUGAUGUUGCCAACGCUAUUCUGUGAGCAGCACAGUGAACACCUAGUAGUGUUGGUGAAUGUUCUUGGAGCAACUUUACUACACCACCUUUUCGACCGGUCAUAACACUAGCACCAUCUUUGCCAAUACCAACUAAUUAUACCCCCACCAAACAUGUUUGAGGGGGGUAUAUAGGAUUCAGUUUUGUCGCGUCCCGUCGCGUCGCGUCCCGUCCCGUCGCGUCCCGAAAUGUAUUAUCUCAGUUAUUACCAAAUGGAUUUGAUUCAAACUUAAAAUACAUGUUCCACCUUAUCACCCACAUCAUGUGACACAAGUUGCAUAACUCUUGGCACCAAGUUCUCAUGAAUUAUGUCCCCUUUUACUUAGAAUUUAAGGUUAAUUUUGUUGUAUUUUCAUUAUAUCUCAGUUAUUACUAAAUGGAUUUGAUUCAAACUUAAAAUAGAUGUUCCACCUCAUCACCCACAUCAUGUGACAUAAGGUGCAUAACUCUGACACCAUUUUUUAGCUCACCUGUCACAAAGUGACAAGGUGAGCUUUUGUGAUCGCGCGGUGUCCGUCGUCCGUCCGUGCGUCCGUCCGUGCGUCCGUCCGUCCGUAAACUUUUGCUUGUGACCACUCUAGAGGUCACAUUUUUCAUGGGAUCUUUAUGAAAGUUGGUCAGAAUGUUCAUCUUGAUGAUAUCUAGGUCAAGUUCGAAACUGGGUCACGUGCCUUCAAAAACUAGGUCAGUAGGUCUAAAAAUAGAAAAACCUUGUGACCUCUCUAGAGGCCAUAUAUUUCACAAGAUCUUCAUGAAAAUUGGUCAGAAUGUUCACCUUGAUGAUAUCUAGGUCAAGUUCGAAACUGGGUCACGUGAGGUCAAAAACUAGGUCAGAAGGUCUAAAAAUAGAAAAACCUUGUGACCUCUCUAGGGGCCAUACAUUUCACAAGAUCUUCAUGAAAAUUAGUGAGAAUGUUCACCUUGAUGAUAUCUAGGUCAAGUUUGAAACUGGGUCACGUGCCUUCAAAAACUAGGUCAGUAGGUCUAAAAAUAGAAAAACCUUGUGACCUCUCUAGAGGCCAUAUAUUUCAUGAGAUCUUCAUGAAAAUUGGUCAGAACUUUCACCUUGAUGAUAUCUAGGUCAAUUUUGAAACUGGGUCACGUGCCGUCAAAAACUAGGUCAGUAGGUCAAAUAAUAGAAAAACCUUGUGACCUCUCUAAAGGCCAUAUUUUUCAUGGGAUCUGUAUGAAAGUUGGUCUGAAUGUUCAUCUUUAUGAUAUCUAGGUCAAGUUCGAAACUGGGUCACGUGCGGUCAAAAACUAGGUCAGUAGGUCUAAAAAUAGAAAAACCUUGUGACUACUCUAGAGGCCAUAUAUUUCAUGAGAUCUUCAUGAAAAUUGGUCAGAAUGUUCACCUUGAUGAUAUCUAGGUCAAGUUCGAAAGUGGGUCACGUGCCAUCAAAAACUAGGUCAGUAGGUCAAAUAAUAGAAAAACCCUUGUGACCUCUUUAGAGGCCAUAUUUUUCAUGGGAUCUGUAUGAAAGUUGGUCUGAAUGCUAUCUUGAUGAUAUCUAGGUCAAGUUCGAAACUGGGUCACGUGCCAUCAAAAACUAGGUCAGUAGGUCAAAUAAUAGAAAAACCUUGUGACCUCUAAAGGCCAUAUUUUUCAUGGGAUCUGUAUGAAAAUUAUUCUGAAUGUUCAUCUUGAUGAUAAAACUGGGUCACGUGCCUUCAAAAACUAGGUCAGUGGGUCAAAUAAUAAAAAAACUUUGUGACAUCUCUAGAGGCCAUACUUUUCAUGGGAUCUGUAUGAAAGUUGGUCUGAAUGUUCAUCUUGAUGAUAUCUAGGUCAAGUUUGAAACUGGGUCAACUGCGGUCAAAAACUAGGUCAGUAGGUCUAAAAUUAUUAAAAUCUUUUGACAUCUCUAGAGGCCAUAUUUUUCAAUGGAUCUUCAUGAAAAUUGAUCUGAAUGUUCACCUUGAUGAUAUCUAGAUCAUUUUCGCAACUGGGUCACGUGCGGUCAAAAACUAGGCCAGUAGGUAUAAAAAUAGAAAAACCUUGUGACCUCUCUAGAGGCCAUAUUUUUCAUGAGAUCUUCAUGAAAAUUAGUGAGAAUGUUCACCUUGAUGAUAUCUAGGUAAAGUUCAAAACAGGGUCACAUACCUUUUCGAAAACUAGGUCAAUAGGUCAGAUAAUAGAAAAACCUUGUGACCUCUCUAGAGACCAUAUUUUUCAAUGGAUCUUCAUGAAAAUUGGUCAGAAUUUUUAUCUUGAUAAUAUCUUGGUCAAGUUCAAAACUGGGUCACAUGAGCUCAAAAACUAGGUCACUAUGUCAAAUAAUAGAAAAAACUGGGUCAUGUGGGAAGAGGUGAGCGAUUCAGGACCAUCAUGGUCCUCUUGUUUAUGAAUUAUGCCCCUUUUUACUUAAAAUUUAAGGUUGAUUUUGAUGUAUUUUCACAUUAUCUCAGUUACUACUGAAUGGAUUUGAUUCAAACUUAAAAUAGAUGUUCCACCUCAUCACCCACAUCAUGUGCCCACAUCAUGUGACACAAGGUGCAUAACUCUGACACCAAGUUUUCAUGAAUUAUGUCCCCUUUUACUUAGAAUUUAAGGUUAAUUUUGUUGUAUUUUCACUAUAUCUCAGUUAUUACUAAAUGGAUUUGAUUCAAACUUAAAAUAGUUGUUCCACCUCAUCACCCAGAUGAUGUGACAUAAAGUGCUUAACUCUGACAUAAAUUUUUUAUGAAUUAUGUCCCCUUUUACUUUAAAUUUAAGGUUGAUUUUGAUGUAUUUUCACUAUAUCUCAAUUAUUACAAAAUGGAUUUUUGAAUUAAACUUAAAAUACAUGUUCCACCUUAUCACCCACAUCAUGUGACACAAGGUGCAUAACUCUUGACACCAAGUUCUCAUGAAUUAUGUCCCCUUUUACUUAGAAUUUAAGGUUAAUUUUGUUGUAUUUUCACUAUAUCUCAGUUAUUACUAAAUUGAUUUGAUUCAAACUUAAAAUAGAUGUUCCACCUCAUCACCCACAUCAUGUGACAUAAGGUGCAUAACUCUGACACCAUUUUUUUUAUGAAUUAUGCCCCUUUUUACUUAGAAUUUAAGGUUGAUUUUGAUGUAUUUUCACUUUGUCUCAGUUACUACUGAAUGGAUUUGAUUCAAACUUAAAAUAGAUGUUCCACCUCAUCACCCACAUCAUGUGCCCACAUCAUGUGACACAAGGUGCAUAACUCUGACACCAAGUUUUCAUGAAUUAUGUCCCCUUUUACUUAGAAUUUAAGGUUAAUUUUGUUGUAUUUUCACUAUAUCUCAGUUAUUACUAAAUGGAUUUGAUUCAAACUUAAAAUAGUUGUUCCACCUCAUCACCCAGAUGAUAUGACAUAAGGUACUUAACUCUGACAUAAAUUUUUUAUGAAUGAUGUCCGCUUUUACUUUAAAUUUAAGGUUGAUUUUGAUGUAUUUUCACUAUAUCUCAAUUAUUACAAAAAGGAUUUGAUUCAAACUUAAAAUAGAUGUUCAACGUCAUCACCCACAUCAUGUGACACAAGGUGCAUAACUCUGACACCAAGUUUUCAUGAAUUAUGUCCCCUUUUACUUAGAAUUUAAGGUUAAUUUUGUUGUAUUUUCACUAUAUCUCAGUUAUUACUAAAUGGAUUUGAUUCAAACUUAAAAUAGUUGUUCCACCUCAUCACUCAGAUGAUGUGACAUAAGGUGCUUAACUCUGACAUAAAUUUUUUAUGAAUUAUGUCCCCUUUUACUUUAAAUCUAAGGUUGAUUUUGAUGUAUUUUCACUAUAUCUCAAUUAUUACAAAAUGGAUUUGAUUCAAACUUAAAAUAGAUGUUCCACCUCAUCACCCACAUCAUGUGACACAAGGUGCAUAACUCUGACACCAAUUUUUCAUGAAUUAUGUCCCCUUUUUACUUAGAAUUUAAGGUUAAUUUUGAUGUAUUUUCACUAUAUCUCAAUUACUACUGAAUGGAUUUGAUUCAGACUUAAAAUAGAUGUCCCACCUCAUCACCCACAUCAUGUGACACAAGGUGCAUAACUCUGACACUAUUUUGCUUGAAUUGUGUCCCCUUUUACCUCGAAUUUAAGGUUAAUUUUGAUGUAUUUUCACUAUAUCUCAUUCUGAUUGGCUUAGAGCCAAAGGGAAGUAACCUUUUUUUAACCUUUGUACUGAGUUUCUUCCCCUUAAAUUCCAGGAAUUAGUGUAUUUUUAGAAAUCCUAUUUUUAGAUUUUCAAUAUUUUAGGUAUUUUUCUAACUUUUUUAUUAUAAGUCCUAUGUAAAAAGUAAAAACAUUUUUCCGUGGUAACAUGGGUCAGUAAGACACUUUUUUGUAUUCACUUUUAGUGUAUCUCUAAUAUUAGAGAUUUAAUAUAUUUACUAGUAUUACUAUACUAGUAUUAUACUAGUAUUACUUAUAUGUGGAAGCCCAGGAUGAAGUACUCCAAAGUAUUUUUAAGAUUCCUUAUGGUUGCCAUUCUUCUGUGACAAGACCAUAUGGUGGGGGUAUGAGUCACUCCUGUGACAGUUCUAGUUUAGUAAUGUCUAAUCCUUUGGACUUAAGUUCCUCAACAACCAUAGACACAAUGUUCUUAGCAUCAGCUGAACCUUCAUGAAUCUGCUUAUUUGAUAACAGGCUAUACUCCAAUCCUGUCUCUGAUACACACUGAGCUUACAUAAGUCUUUAAGUUCCCAUUGUCAGUGCUCUCAUCUAUAGUUAGUGAAAAAACACCCAACUGCUGAAUUUCCAGGAUUUUGUCGUCUAAUAUCACUUCAGACAGGGCACUCUGAAGUUCUGUUACACUUUGAGAACUGGACAGGUGUAAAGCACAUUAGCGUCAGCCUUUGACAAGUCAACUCCAAGAACGGAUGCAUAUUUCACCAUUUGCUUCGUCUCGUAUUUUGGUAGUUCUGGUUUUGCUAUGUGGUAUGCUGUCUUCAGAAGAUUGAUGGCUAUUUCGUCCUCUUUGUCAAGUUUUGCUUCUAGAAGUUUUUGCAUUGGUUUUUGGCUUUUGAGUGUAGACCGUUGAACUGCGUUCAAGUGGCUGAAAAAUAAAAAGAAACAGUUGUAAAACAAACAAAACAAGAUCACUGAAAUAAUUUUUUAUACAUUUUAUUAUUUACAUAUUAAAUGAAUUAAAAUGAGACUUUUAUACAUCAAAACUUGGCAAUAACAUGUUGAAAAAAAAACGCCUGUCCACAUUGUAUUGAUUACAUUUAUAAAAGACAUUAAUAUUUGCCAGUCUCUGCAUACAGCAGUCACAACCAUGAAUGAAUACUUACAUGCAGCGUGCCUUCUAUGGUUUGUUGUCUUAGCUGGGACUUCGUGUCCCUUAGCGUAUGCAUUGUCAUGCUUGUUCUCUCUGCAUAAUUUACAAUGCCAAAGUUUGUUCGAGUCGUGAACAUACCAAUCGAAACAUGCCUCAGAUUUAGUUCCUUAGUAAAUUUCUUUUUAGAAGGAGAGUCUGAAUCAAGAGUUUCAGCUUCGGAAGCUUUCCGUUUAAAUGAACUCGGUUUCGGCGAGUCGCCCUGUAGCCAGGACGUAGGAGACAUGAUUUUUUGAUGUUUACAGAUAAAAUUUCUAAUCGAAAAUGAAUUUAGAAGUUAAAACUAAUCAGAAAUAAUUGCAAUUAUCACAAAAUUAUAAUAACUAUACGUUAAUUAAGCGGCUUACCUUUAAAUCGUAUUGCAAUAUUUGACAAACGUCUCCUGAUUUUUAAAUACAAACAAUUACAGUGUAUCAUAACUGUACGUUAAUUAAGCAGCUUACCUUUAAAUCAUACUUCAACACGUGACAAACAUCUCCCGAUUUGUAAAUACAAACAAUGCAAUCAGACACAAUUAAACAUGCCAACCUAUCUACUCUACUGUAAUAACGCAAACACAAAGGACACAUCACCCCUAGUUUAUGUCCCUAUGACGCUUCGAGGUGUUAAUUGCAUAUACAUUUAUUCAAUACAACACUAUUCCCAAGUUGUCUUAAACUACUGUACUGUAACUUCACUCUUAUUGGUUAUUUCCAUUUACAUCUUGUCUCGACAGCUAUCACGUGUCACUAAUCAAGCUGAGUUUAAAUUUUAUUGACGGGCAGUUGUGUAUUCGGGAGAAGUUCGUACACGCAAGCUUGGGAAAUUUAGCUUGAAUUUACCCAAAAUUUUAGGGCGAAGUGCCGACGGUUUCAGCGACUUAGUCACUCACGUCGCUCAGUCGCGAGAGCCCUGCCUCAUCAUCACCCACAUCAUAUGGCACAAGGGCCAUAACUCUCACACCAAUAUUUCAUGAAUUAUCCCCCUUUUUUACUUAGAAUUUCAGGUUAAAGUUUUGAUGCACUUUCACUCUAUCUCAGUUAUUUACUAAAUGGAUUUGAUUCAAACUUAAAGUAGUUGUUCCACAUCAUCUCCCACAUCAAAUGACACAAGGCCCAUAAUUCUGGCACCAAUUUUUCAUGAAUGAUGCCCCUUUUACUUAGAAUUUAAGGUUAAUUUUGAUGCAUUUUCACUAUAUCUCGGUUAGUACGAAAUGCAUUUGAUUCAAACUUGAAGUUGUUGUUCCACAUCAUCACUCACAUUAUAUGACACAAGGUGCAUAACUCUUGCACCAAUAUUUUAUGAAUUAUGCCCCCUUUUUGCUUAGAAUUAUACUUAUAUAGUGUUUUGAUACACUUUAUCUUUACCUCUCUUUAUUAAUUUGAUAAUGUUUUUGACACAAACUCAAGCUAUUUUGCAAUAUCUUCAUCCACCAUUGGAGUCAUUAAAGACUCCAGUGACAGCUCCAGUUUCCUCAGAUGUGCCCAGUUUCACUAUCCAGCAUCGAAAUAGUCGAGCACGCUGACUCCUGUGACAGCUCUUGUUUUUACUAACCUGAUGAAGGUAGUAACCGGUAGUUAUAUUAAAUAACAUUCUUAAACUUUUCUGGUGUUCGGACGUGUUGUUCUCCCUUUGAGUUCGAGCGAACAAAGUUUGAGUGUAUAUCAGUUUGGGCCUUUAUACAAUGCUACUUAUGUUACUGUCUCGUAUAAUUUCAAAUGCUGGAGUCUGUUUCCCUGGUAGUAAAACGAUUAAUCUACAUUCAGCAAAUGGGAUUUGCUUAUCUGACAGAUGGCGGGACUUUACAAAAUGAAAUGAAUUCAUUAGAAAAUUUAGUUACUGUUUGAGGAGAAUAUUAUCCAAAUAUGCAAUAUACUUUUGAUAAGAUGGCAGAUUUCAUUUAUUCACAACAUCUUGUUUGAGUUUAGAGAGUGACAAUAAAUACGUACAAUUUAGGUUACUUAUUUAGUAUGUUUCUGUGAAUCUUUUGUAAUAAAUGUUUGUUCUGGCUAAUGCAGACAUGUCACAUAGAGACAGGGUGAGCUUUUGUGAUCGCCUGUCGUUCGUUCACAGUUUCUUGUGAACAUGAUAGAAACCACAUUUUGCAACCGAAUUUAACUUGCACACAACUUGUAUUGGCGUCAUAUCUCGGUUCCUUUUGAAAACUGGCCAGAUCCCAUCAUGGGUUCCAGAGUAAUGGCCCCUUAAAGGGCCAAAACUUGCUAUUUUUGACUUGUGAACACGAUAGAACCCAUAUUUUGCAAUUGAUUAUAAUAAAACUUGCAAACAACUUGUACUGGCUCAGUUCCUUUCGAAAACUGGUCAGAUCCCUUCAUGUGUUCCAGAGUUCUGCCCCCUUAAAGGGCCAAAAUUUGCUAUUUUGGCUUUUGCAGUCAUAUAGAGACUUUAUUUUUGGUUGUAUUUGAUACAAACUUGCAAGAUAUCUUUAGCAACAAUAGAUCUUGGAUCCCAUUUCGAAUCCGUCAGAUCCAAUCAUAGGUUCCGGAGUUACAGCCCCUUACUGACCCCUGAAAGAGCCAGACUGUGUUAAUUUUUGCCUUGUGAACAUGAUAGAAGUAACAUUUUACAUUUGAUUUUAACCACACUUACACACCUCUUAAAUCACAAAAAGAUCUGUUACUUUCGAAAACUAGCUAGAUUCCUUCAUGGGUUCUAGAGUUACUGUGCCUGAAAGGGGCAAAAUUUUCUAUUUUGGCCCUUUCAGCCAUAUAGAGGUUUCAUUUAUGCUUUGAUUUGAUACAAGCUUGCAAAGAAUGUUUAUCUUGAUGAUCUCUAGGCCAAGUUCGCAACUGGUUCAUAGGUGGUCAAAAACUAGGUCACCAGGUUAAAUCUAAGCAAAAGCUUGUUAACACUCUAGAGUCCACAUUUAUGACACUCAUCAUGAUACUUAGUCAGAAGGUUUAUGUUGAUGAUUCCUAUGCCAAGUUCAAAACUGGGUCAUAGGUGGUCAAAAACUAGGUCACCUGGUCAAAUAAAAAGAAAAGCUUGUUAACACUCUUGAGGUCACAUUUAUGAUCCUAUCUUCAUGAAACUUGGUAAGGAUGUUUAUCUUGACGAUUCCUAGGCAAAGUUUGAAACUGGGUCAUUUGGGGUCAAAAACUAGGCCACCACUCAAAUCAAAAGAAAAGCUUGUAAACACUCUUGAUGCCCUAUUUUUGACCGUAUCUUCAUGAAACUUGGUCAGAAUAUUUAUCUUGAUAAUUCCUAGGCCAAGUUUGAAACUAGGUCAUGUGGGUCAAAAUCUAGGUCACCCGCUCAAAUCAAAGUAAAAGCUUGUUAUCACUAGAGGCCAUGUUUAUCACCCUAUCUUCAAGAAACUUGAUCGUAAUGUUUAUCUUGUGAGCGAUAUAGGGUCAUCAUGACCCUCUUGUUUGUAGUUUUUCUUUUUCGACUUUAAGCUCCCUCAUCUCUUGGAUUCCAUAUCAGUGUGUACUCUGAAUCAACCUUUUAUUCCAGUUUAACGGAGCAGGUUGUGACCUCAUAUUGUAUUGUGUGUCUGUAAAAGCAAUCCUUUUGUCUUGGAAUACCGGUAUGUUUCCUACCAGAGGAUUUAUUGACCAGUAAACCUGAGUAGUUAUCAGAAGUGAAGGAAAAAUUAAAUUGGUCAUUUUUCUGAUAACUGAACAGGCAGACAACAUAUGACCUACAUUUGUUUAAAACUCUUUUAUCAUUGAAAUAGAACAUGCACACUUUUCUAAUGGUUUACACUUACCAGUUAUUUUAUAAGUCACCCCAAGGCCCUGCCUGAAAGUUUAGUUUCAUCAGAAUUUAAAAUGUUUCAAUUCCAUUCAAGAAAUUUUAUGACUUAGACGAAUCGUAACUUCAAAUAUUUAAGUUUUGGCUUUUUAGCUAAAGUUACUUACUGUAUAACUGUGGGUUCUCAAUGCCAGGCUAUUAUUGCAUGUCUUGUGCAACAUGCUUUCAGCCUUUGAGUUGUAUAUUCGGUAGCCCUAUACUAUGUACAGAGAUCUUAUUGAUAAUAAUAUUACGAGCUGUUGGGCAACUCGUAUAAAUUCGAUUAUUGAUCAUCUUGGUUAGAUUGAAUUUUGAUAGCAAUUGUGAAUAUUUGUCAUCGUUUAAGAAACGUAUCCGCCACCAGUUUAUGCAGGAUUUGUCUGCAUGUAUACAAUCUAUACCUAAACUAGAGUGUUAUUGUAAGUUUGAAAAACAGUUUAGAUUUGAAAAUUAUCUUACUAAUGUUGAAAAUGAUGAUCUUAGGAAACACCUAAGUUGUCUAAGACUGAGUUCACAUAACUGAAACGGGUUGUUAUAACGGUAUCGAUAGAGCAAACCAGUUAUGUAAAUUAUGUAACCAGAGUGUGGUUGAAACUGAAUUUCAUUUUAUGUUAUGUUGUACCAAGUAUUAGAAGUCUUAGAAAUAAACGUUAUUGUAUAUGCACCUUGGCCUUGUAUGAAUACAUUUGUUUUAUGUCAUCUCAAAAUAAGACAAGAUUAUACAACUUUAGUAGCAAAACAUUAAAGAUGCUUUUAAUUUAAGAAAUAAGACCCUUGAAAUAUGACUGUUUCUUGAAAUUUGCAUUAUAAUGUCAUGUAAAUUAUUUGAUUUUUAGCUCACCUGUCACAUAGUGACAAGGUGAGCUUUUGUGAUCACCCUUCGUCCGUCGUCAGUCCCUGCGUCUGUCAACAAUUUCUUGUCUGCACGACAGUGGUUUCAUUUAUGAUUUUAUUUUAACCAAACUUGCACACAACUUGUAUCACCAUAAAAUCUCGGUUCCUUUCUUGAACUGGCCAAAUCCCAUUAUGGGUUCCAGAGUUAUGGCCCCUGAAAGGGCCAAAAUUAGCUAUUUUGAGCUUGUCUGCACAAUAGCAGCUUUAUUUAUGAUUUGAUUUUUACCAAACUUGCAUACAACUUGUAUCACUGUAAGAUCUUGGUUCCUUUCUGAAACUCGCCAGUUUCCAUUAUGGGUUCCAGAGUUAUGGCCCCUGAAAGGCCCAAAAUUAGCUAUUUUGACCUUGUCUGCACAAUAGCAGCUUUAUUUAUGAUUUGAUUUUUACCAAACUUGCACACAACUUGUAUCACCAUAAGAUCUUGGUUCCUUUCUGGAACUGGCAAGGUUCCAUUAUGGGGCCCCUGAAGGGGUCAGAAUGAGCUAAUUUGACCUUGUCUGCACAAUAGCAGCUUCAUCUAUGAAUUGAUUUUAACCAAACUGGCACAAAACUUGUAUCACCAUAAGAUCUUGGUUCCUUUCUUGAACCGGCCAGAUCCCAUAAUGGGUUCCAGAGUUAUGGCCCCUGAUAGGGCCAGAAAUAGCUAUUUUGACCUUGUCUGCACAAUAGCAGCUUCAUUUAUGAUUUGAAUUUAAUCAGACUUGCACAAAACUAAUGUCACCGAAAGAUCUUGGUUCCAUUCAUGAACCGGCCAGAUCCCAUAAUGGGUUCCAGAGUUAUGGCCCCUGAAAGGGCCAAAAUUGGCUAUUUUGACCUCUGCACAAUAGCAGCUUCAUUUAUGAUUUGAUUUUAACCAAACUUGCACACAACUUGUAUCACCAUAAGAUCUCGAUUCUUUUUUAUACGCCCGCAGGGAUGUAUUAUGUUAUUGCCUCGGUGUCCGUCUGUCUGUCUGCGUGUUGGUUAGCAAUUUCCUUUCAGCUCUGUAACUCUUGAACCCCUUGAUGGAUUUCAGAGAAACCUGACACAAAUGUUCACGCAUUGAAAGGAUUUGCAGAGCGCAUGUUUCGGAUGGCUGAAUUCAAUGUCAAGGUCACACUUAGGGGUCAAAGGUCGUAUGACUUUGUUUUAUGUGAAUAUUGCUCUGCAUUUGCGUUGCCUUCUUUUGUUCGCUUACAAUAUUUUUUUUAUUUUUAUUACUUCCCUUUUAUGUUACUAUAAAUAGCUGAUUUAGUAACUUUUUCAUUAUUGGCUGUAGGAAAAAACUGAGACCACUUUUCUGUCGUACAACAUGGAUGGUACCUCCAAUUUUUAGGCGUAUUUUGACAUAUCUGUACCUUGUAAGAAUUUUUUCUUUUCGUUUUUGGUUAAAGCAAUGGUACUCAGGUGAACGAUAUAGGGCCAUCAUGGCCCUCUUGUUGUUUAUAUGAUGAUUUAUAUAUGUAUGUCUGUCUUUGCCACUCAUGUUUUAUUUGUAUAUGACCUAUGGCAUGUUCUAUGCCGAAUGUCAAUAAAUUUUAAACUUGAAAACUA